CGGUGAUCCAUCCCAGUCGGACACCAAUCAGCGUUGAUUGCGUAGUAGAACUUCAGAAUUGUCAGUCCAUUUGUUCGAGUCACGUAAUGAAGUUGCCAGUGUAGAUCUUGGGACACGAUGUCUGAGGAAAAUUCACCUGGAAAAAAGGAGGACUCACCAUCUCCUCAAUCUUGUAUUAUGAAUGAAAGCACUCGUGUUAUUGAGGGAGGAAUAGCAGCUGUUGCUCUGAAAGAAGCAUCUCAGUGGAGUCUUACAGGCCCUCAUGAUGGCAGCAUAUUUGCUGUGGCUUUGCCAUCUACUGGAACUUCUGGGAAUCAAGAUGAGAAUAGCUUGCCACUAAAUCUGCUCUAUGAUAUCUACGGUGUUGGUGCUGCAGAUGAGAAUCAGUUAGGAAAUGUUGGUCUUGUGACAGCUGGUCAAACAUCCGGUUCGCCAGAACUGUCACAAAGCUCUGUCUCUUUUGUGAAUACUAUUUCUCAGCUGUCUGGCAAUUCAGUCCAAAGGCGUCACCCACAGAAAAGAUUGCUGAACGGAGCAUCAGCUAGUUCAAGUCAAGGACAUGUUCCUCUAUCUAGUAGUGGUAGUAGCCCGCCGAGGCCAGAUUAUAGCCCACAGAUUAGUCAUGAGGGAUUUCAUUCCGACAAUCCACCUACUGUUUUUCAAGCACAAGAAAGAUAUCGUUAUGUGUUAGAUGCUCCAACGUCUGUAGUACAGAAGCGUGGUGAAGAUAGUCUAACUUAUCUCAACAAAGGACAGUUUUACAGCAUUCUGUUGGAAGGCUACCUUGAUGAAAGUGACCCUACAGACAGAGUCAGGUCUGUCGUACAUCUUGGAUUCAGAGAUGAACGUGAUCCUGGAGGUGAACUGCAGCGUUGGCAGUACUGGCAUUCUCAACAGCCUAAUCCAAAUCAAAAGGCAUUUGAUGUUGAUCGAAAGUCGUGUCAGAAUGUAGAGAUGGAGCUGAUUGAUGACAUUGCCUAUAAUGCUUGCAGUUUUAUAUGGAAUCCUCGAGUGCCAGCUAAGAUUGUAAUAAGGAUCAAUUGUCUGAGUACCGAGUUUUCAUCUCAGAAAGGGGUGAAAGGCAUUCCACUUCAUCUUCAAGUUGAUACAUAUGAGGACUUGCUGAAUCCAGAUGCUGAUGCAUGUCACAAGGGGUUUUGCCAGAUUAAAGUUUUUCGCGAUAAAGGGGCAGAGAGAAAAAACAAAGAUGAGAGUAAGAGUGCUGAGAAGCGAAUGGCUCGUCUCAUAAAGAGUAGAGGAAGCAGCGCUGCUGACCCUCUCAGUCCCAAAACUGUGUUCAACCCACCCAGCAAGAAGACUGUGUUGCUGUCAACAACAAAUAUGGGACCAAAGCCUGUCUAUUUUACUCCAGUAGUAACACAACCUGGACAGUUGUUUCUAGAUGAUGUCACUUGUCAAUCACAAGCAUUUUUAGCUAAUAUCAGGGAUCGUGAGCAGAGACGCACUUUAGCAGCCACACUUGCCGCCACUAAAGAUCAACUGGAUGAUUUAGAAUUUGGUCCUCAGAACAAGAAGCGAAUGGUAACAUCUACAUCAAAGAAACGUCCCAUUGUCACUAUCUAUGUUCGGAAAGAAGAAGAGAAGGUCUAUAACGCUCUAAUGUUGGAUGAUUUAUCAGUGUUGGAGCUGAAAUCAGCGGUAUCAAGAAAGUAUGGUGUACCGGCGGAGUCAAUAAAGAAUGUCUACAAGAAAACAAAGCGAGGACUGUUGGUGAAUUUUGAUAAUCAGAUGGUGGAGCAGUUCUCAGAUGAGGACGACUUUAGUAUCAAGUUUGACUUUGACAACCAGACCGGUCAUGUACAUCUGUACAUUCUUUCCACUUAGCCUAAGAUGUAAACGGUGCUACGAUUUACACCAAGUUGUGCUAGAUCUUCAUAUGUGUAGAAUGUGUGAGGAUAUUGUACCAGCUACAUCACUGAACGGACGCUUAGAUCAGUUAGGGCGUGAUAGCUUAUCUGAGUAAAGGAGGCUAAUAGCGGUGA